AUGCAGCCCUUCCACUGCAACCCCUCACCAAGGAGGGGCCUCAGUGUCCUCCUCGCCACGUUGUGCAUGCUCAUCAGCCUGGCCGCGGCGGCGACCAAGAUCAAGGACGGCGCCGACCCAACCAUCAUCCGCGUGGGAGACACGUACUACUCAGCCGAGUCGGGUGGCAACAGCGUCGCCGUGCGGCGGGCGUCGACGAUCAUGGGCCUGGGCGGCGCGACCACCGACAACGGCAACAUGAAGAGCGUGUGGACGGCCCCCAGCUCCGACAUGGGCGAGGUCUGGGCCCCUGAGAUCAUCAUCGACUCGGGCCGCACCUACAUCUACUUUGCCGCCAAGACUGGGGACGCCAAGCGCACCUUUGUCAUCAGCGCCGACGAGCCCUUUGGCAACUACACGGACGCCCAGAAGCUCGAACUGCCCGACGAUAGGUGGGCCAUCGAUGGCGCCCUCUUCACCUUUGAGGGUCAGCGGUGGUUCGUUUGGUCUGGUUGGGAGGGCACCACAAACGUCGAGCAAAACCUUUACAUCUGCAAGAUGAACUCGCCCACGGAACCGACCGGUGCCCGCUACAUCAUCUCGCAGCCUCGCGAAACUUGGGAGCGUGACGCUGGCAACCCCUACGUCAACGAAGGCCCUCAGCCCAUCGUGGACCCCAACGGGCAGCUGCACAUCGUGUACUCGGCCAACGGCAGUUGGGAGAACAAGUACUGCCUAGGCGAGCUGCGGCUGCGCAAGGGCGGCGACCCGACGUACGUGUGGGACUGGCACAAGUCCAACGGGUGCCUGUUCGGGUCUACGCAGGCCGAUAUGAUGUCCGGGUGGGACGCGACGCUCCAGAUCGACGGUCCCGGCCACAACACCUUUGUGUUGCCCUAUGGUGACAUCCAGCAGAGCCCCGGCGGUACCGACCGCAUCCCCUUCGUCUUCCACGGCGUGCCCAAGGGCACCUACUACAGCUGGGUGAACCGCGACUGGUUCUCCGGCACCUUCGUCUGGUGGGGGAACACCACCUACACCCGCUCCAACGUGCCGGGUGCCAAUGAGGACACCGGCUACAGCUUCAAGUUCUUUGAAUAAUUUUGACCUGAUAAUCAUUCCGGCUUCUUUGCUUGUAUAUCCGGAAAUAAACAGCACGGAUGAGCAAACAGAAGCGGGUUGAUUCUCUUGGGAUUCUAGAAGUAUAUAUAUACCAUAAUUUUAAUGUCUGAUGAGAUAAUGAUCAACUUACUCAUGAUAUGUGC